AUGUCCUUACGAGAUGACGACCUGAACGAUGACUACGUCGCAAAAUUACUAGCCGAAGACGCAAAGAAGACAUCCCGCAAAUAUGCCUCCGAAGGACUUUCAGCGUUUCUUCCUAGACGCAGAGCGGCCGACGCGCCGAAGCCUAAUACUCGCUUUCUGAGUCAUAUAGUGCGUGAGGUAGAUCACCACAAUGCCGUACUGAAGAGAAAAGAAGAGGCUGAGGCUGCUCGGAGGCUGGAGAGUUUACACGCUACUGGGAAUGAUGGAAACAGACCACGCAAGCGGAGACGCGCAGACGAGAGUGACAAGUCAAAGGGCAAGCGUAUGUUCAGGGACAUAAUCUCGGCUGUACAAUCUGAGAAGAGGAGCAGUGUGAGGAGUGACAAAGAUAGACAAAGCUUAGGAAACCGUCGUGUGGAGAAAGACGUUCAUAGAAAUGGCUUGCGCACACACUACAGCUCUGAGGGAAGAUCAAGGUCGAGGUCGCCCAAAGUGAAAGAAUAUAGGAAGAGGUUACGCCGGCAUGAAAGCGACGAGAGCCUAUCUUCAGCCUCCGAACUUGAUGCGCCUGUCCACAAGAGCCGAAGCAAAGGUCGAGAUCAUGUCAAGGUACGCUCAAAAGGUCUCAGUCCACCUGUUCGUAAUCUAGGUCAGGAAGAUGCUGCGAAAGGCCCGUUAACUUCCAGGACAAUGCCAGAAGACGAGGUUCGAGUGCGAGGACGAGGUGCCUAUGGUCGAAAGGCAGGCAUGAACGAUCGCUUAGCAGAAAAUUAUGAUCCUUCUCAAGACGUUUCUUUGGACUCAGCUCAUGACAAUGAUGCCGAAGAUUGGGACAUGGCGCUCGAAGCGUUGCGUGAUCGUGCAAGAUACCAAAAGAAUCAAAGCUCCAGGAUGCGUGAGGCUGGGUUUAGCGAAGCAGACAUAUCCAAAUGGGAAAAGGGGUUGCUCAGUAACGCGGAUGACAGUGCCGAGCGUAAUCCAGGCGACGUGAAGUGGUCUAGACGAGGUGAGGUCAGAGAGUGGGAUGUCGGAAAGCCCAGAGAAUAG